AUGUUUGGGAAACAAGACAAAAUGGACGUUAGAUGCAGUUCAGAGACUGAAGCUAACCGAGUCUCGAAGAACGGACAUAAAGAGGGCAAGGAAAGCAAAGGGUCUGAAGGAAAUAUUUCUACUUCUUUUUUGAAGGACCAGCAAGGGACUUUUUCUGCCUCUGCAGCUACGGAAGAUUGUAACAAAAGUAAAUCUAGUUCGGCUGAUCCGGACUAUUGCAGGAGGAUCCUAGUUAGAGAUGCCAAAGGUUCAAUCAGAGAGAUUAUUCUGCCUAAGGGCCUUGAUCUGGACCGUCCCAAGCGGACCCGCACCUCCUUCACGGCCGAGCAGCUCUACCGCCUGGAGAUGGAGUUCCAGCGCUGCCAGUACGUCGUGGGCCGGGAGCGCACCGAGCUCGCCCGCCAGCUGGACAUUGGGAAGGAAGCCAGCCAGAACACAGAGAGAGAUGAGGAAGAUUACAGAGACCACACCUGGGAAAAGGUUGAAGAUAACUAUAUGAAUGGUCAGAUGAAAGAAGUCCUCACCCUGACUACAAAAAUGCUGUCAGAGAGAGAAGCAAGUGAAGGACCAAAUGGUGUGUGUACAGAAGCGUGGAAGUAUGUCCUCACGGCUUAG